UUUCUGCUCGGGUCUGGAUUGGAGUUACACACACAGACCGGACCCUACCGUGUAUGAGUGGCGUUUGAGGAGACGAAAAAAGGACCCCCCCCCGUGCCGCAAAGAAUCUACAUGUCUAAUAUUUAGACAUGUUCAGCUUUGUGGAUAUUCGGUUAGCGCUUUUGCUCAGCGCAGCUGUGCUUGUGGCGAGAGGUCAAGGCGAGGAUGACAGCGCACUUGGCAGCUGCACACUAGACGGACAGUUGUACAACGACAAGGAUGUGUGGAAACCGGAGCCUUGCCAGAUCUGUAUUUGCGACAGCGGCACAGUGAUGUGCGACGAGGUCAUCUGCGAGGACUCUUCUGACUGCGCCGACCCCAUCAUCCCAGAGGGCGAAUGCUGUCCCAUCUGCCCUGACGGCCCCGUGAACCCCCAAGAGGGAGUCAAGGGAGACGAUGGCCCCAAGGGAGAUGUGGGUCCCAUGGGUCCUCCGGGAAAUGAUGGAAUCCCCGGCCAGCCUGGACUUCCCGGCCCACCCGGCCCCCCUGGCCCCCCUGGGCUUGGCGGAAACUUCUCUCCUCAAAUGAGCUAUGUGGACCACUCCAAGUCCAGUGGAGGCCCACCCAUGCCCGGCCCCAUGGGUCCAAUGGGUCCUCGUGGUCCUGCUGGACCUCCUGGAUCCUCUGGUCCUCAGGGUUUCACUGGUCCCCCCGGAGAGCCCGGUGAGCCCGGAGCUGCUGGACCUAUGGGUGCUCGUGGUCCAGCUGGCCCCCAUGGAAAGAACGGAGAUGAUGGUGAGGCUGGCAAAGCUGGACGCCCUGGCGAGCGUGGAGCUCCCGGCAUGCAGGGUACCCGUGGAUUCCCCGGAACUCCUGGACUACCCGGCAUCAAGGGACACAGAGGUUUCAGCGGUUUGGAUGGAGCUAAGGGAGAUGCCGGACCUGCUGGACCUAAGGGAGAGUCUGGUGCCUCUGGUGAGAACGGUAUCCCCGGAGCCAUGGGUGCUCGCGGUAUUCCCGGCGAGAGAGGUCGUCCCGGACCUGCUGGCCCUGCUGGUGCUCGUGGUAACGAUGGCAAUGUUGGCCCUGCUGGACCCCCUGGAUCCACUGGACCUGCUGGACCCCCUGGAUUCCCUGGCGGUGCUGGUGUGAAGGGAGAGACUGGUUCCCAAGGAGCUCGUGGAUCCGAGGGAGCCCAAGGAGCUCGUGGUGAGCCCGGUAACCCAGGACCCGCUGGAGCUGCCGGCCCCGCUGGUGCUCCAGGAACUGAUGGUGCCCCUGGUGCUAAGGGUGCUACUGGUCCUGCUGGUAUUGCUGGUGCCCCCGGUUUCCCCGGUGCUCGUGGUCCCGCUGGAGGUCAGGGUGCCGUCGGUGCUCCUGGUCCCAAGGGUAACAACGGUGACCCAGGUGCUGCUGGUCCCAAGGGAGAGCCUGGUACCAAGGGAGAGACUGGCCCCGCUGGAGUUCAGGGACUUCCUGGCCCAUCUGGUGAGGAGGGCAAAAGAGGACCUCGUGGAGAGCCUGGUGUUGGUGGACCCCGUGGACCUCCUGGAGAGCGUGGUGCCCCCGGUGCCCGUGGUUUCCCUGGAGCUGAUGGAGCUGCUGGUGGCAAGGGAGCCCCUGGUGAGCGCGGUUCCAAUGGUCCUGCCGGACCUCAGGGAGCAACUGGUGAGGUCGGAGCUCCUGGCGCUCCUGGUGCACCUGGAUCCAAGGGUAUGACUGGUAGCCCCGGAAGCACUGGCGCUGAUGGCAAAGCUGGACCCACUGGUCCUCCUGGACAAGAUGGCGGCACUGGACCCGCUGGCUCUACUGGAACAAGAGGCCAGCCUGGAGUUAUGGGAUUCCCCGGACCUAAGGGAAUUGCUGGAGAGAACGGCAAGCCCGGUGAGAAAGGACCUGCUGGUUCUAUGGGUGGCGUUGGUGCCCCUGGCAAAGAUGGUGAUGCUGGUGCUCCUGGACCUAGUGGCCCUGCUGGACCUGCUGGAGAGAAGGGAGAGGGAGGCCCUGCUGGACCUCCUGGAUUCCAGGGUCUUCCCGGACCCCAAGGUGCUACUGGUGAGACUGGCAAGCCUGGUGAGCAGGGUGUUGCUGGUGAGGUCGGACCUCACGGCCCAUCUGGACCAAGAGGUGACAGAGGUUUCCCUGGUGAGCGUGGUGCUCCUGGUCUCGGAGGUCCAACUGGACCCCGUGGUGCCCCAGGCUCUUCUGGUAACGAUGGAGCCAAGGGAGAGUCCGGUGCCCCUGGUACCAAUGGUGCUGCAGGAAGCCCCGGUAUGCAGGGAAUGCCAGGUGAGCGUGGAGCUGCUGGUCUGUCUGGAGCCAAGGGAGAGAGAGGUGAGGCUGGCGCCAAGGGAGGUGAAGGUGCCCCUGGCAAAGAUGGCGCUCGCGGUCUGUCUGGCCCUAUCGGACCCCCUGGACCUCCUGGUACUCAGGGCGAGAAGGGUGAGCCCGGCCCUGUUGGAUCUGUUGGACCUAGCGGCCCUCGUGGUUCCCCUGGUGAGCGUGGAGAGGCCGGCCCUGGUGGACCUGCUGGAUUUGCUGGACCCCCUGGUGCUGAUGGUCAGCCAGGUGCCAAGGGAGAGACUGGUGAUUCUGGACCCAAGGGAGAUGCUGGUGCUCCUGGUCCCAGUGGACCUGUUGGACCUGCUGGCCCUCAGGGACUCGCUGGUCCUCCUGGAUCCAAGGGUGCUACUGGUGGUGCUGGAUCUCCUGGUGUUACUGGUUUCCCUGGACCUGCUGGCAGAGUUGGACCCGCUGGCCCCUCUGGAGCUGCUGGACCCGCAGGACCCGGAGGCCCCGUUGGCAAAGACGGCGCAAGAGGAGCUCGUGGUGAGACUGGUCCCGCCGGUCGCCCUGGUGAGCCUGGCGCUGCUGGACUCGGAGGACCUUCCGGUGAGAGAGGAUCUCCUGGUGCCGAUGGUGCCCCUGGUGCCGCUGGUGUGCCCGGACCCCAAGGUAUUGGUGGACAGCGUGGUAUUGUAGGUCUUCCUGGACUGCGUGGAGAGCGUGGUUUCGGUGGUCAGCCUGGACCUGGUGGUGAGCCUGGAAAGCAGGGACCUGGUGGACCUGUUGGUGCCCGUGGCCCCCCUGGAUCCGCUGGAGCCCCUGGACUGUCUGGUGCUCCCGGAGAGGCUGGCCGUGAGGGAUCUCAAGGACACGAUGGUGCACCUGGUCGCGAUGGACCUGCUGGCCCCAAGGGAGACCGUGGUGAGUCUGGCAUUGCUGGACCCCCAGGACCUCCUGGUGCUCCUGGUGCCCCUGGAGCUGUUGGCCCCUCUGGCAAGACUGGUGAUCGUGGAGAGCCUGGUCCCGCUGGUUCUGCUGGCUCUGCUGGUCCCGCUGGUGUCCGUGGUCCUGCUGGACCCGCUGGAGCUAAGGGAGACAGAGGAGAGGCUGGUGAUGCCGGAGAGAGAGGCCACAAAGGACAUAGAGGAUUCACCGGCAUGCAGGGUCUGCCUGGAACAUCUGGAACUUCUGGAGAGAGAGGACCCGCUGGAGCCUCUGGACCUGCUGGACCAAGAGGACCUUCUGGAUCUAACGGGAGCCCUGGUAAGGAUGGCAUGAAUGGUAUGCCCGGACCCAUUGGACCUCCUGGACCUCGUGGUCGCAAUGGAGAGAUGGGACCUUCUGGUCCUCCAGGACCUCCCGGACCUCCCGGACCCCCCGGUUCUCCCGGUGGCGGAUUUGACUUCAUCAGCCAACCUAUUCAGGAGAAGGCCCCCGAUCCCUUCCGCUCUGGCCACUACCGUGCUGACGACCCCAGUGUUCUCCGCGAUCGCGACAUGGAGGUUGACACCACUCUGGAGUCUCUGACCAAGAGGAUUGAGACGCUCAGAAGCCCCGACGGCACCCAGAAGAGCCCCGCUCGCAUGUGCCGCGACCUGAGAAUGUGCCACCCUGAGUGGAAGAGCGGUACCUACUGGGUGGACCCCAACCAGGGCUCUCCUCUGGACGCCAUCAAGGUCCACUGCAACAUGGAGACUGGCGAGACUUGUGUCUCCCCCAGCCAGUCUACCGUGCCCAUGAAGAACUGGUACCUGAGCAGGAACCCCAGAGAGAAGAAGCACGUCUGGUUCAGCGAGUCCAUGACCGGUGGAUUCCAGUUCCAGUAUGGCAGCGAUGGAGCUGAUUCUGAGGAUGUCAGCAUCCAGAUGACCUUCAUGCGUCUGAUGGCCAACCAAGCCUCCCAGAACAUCACAUACCACUGCAAGAACAGCAUCGCCUACAUGGACUCCACCUCCGGCAACCUCAAGAAGGCCCUGCUGCUCCAGGGCUCCAACGACGUGGAGAUCAGAGCCGAGGGCAACAGCCGCUUCACAUACAGCGUCAGCGAGGAUGGCUGCACGUCACACACUGGCUCAUGGGGCAAGACAGUUAUCGACUACAAGACAUCGAAAACAUCCCGCCUGCCAAUCAUUGACAUUGCUCCUAUGGAUGUUGGUGCCCCUGAUCAGGAAUUUGGCGUCGAAGUUGGCCCUGUUUGCUUCUUGUAAAAGGAGAGAAAAAAAGGAAGAAAUAUGGACAUGAAAUUGUUGUUUUUUUUCUAGCAGUCAUCUCUAAAAUCCUAUUCUCUAUGCAUUCAAAACUCAUUUGGCCACCAUCAGUCCACACGCUUUAAAACCACUCCACUGAAGACGAUGAUAUUUUGUUUGUUUGUUUGUUUUACAAUCGUGAGACAUUUUGGGACUGCCACGCCACAAGGACACUUUUUUUUUAAUGAGAAAAGAAAUUGAACAAUCUGUUCGUUUUCAACGGCAACAAGAACAUGAUAUUUGCUUGUGUAAAAUGUUUCCCUUGGAGUUUAAGAAAGAAAAAACUAAUUAUCGCAAUGCAAACGCAGGUGACUUUUGCCGUUUUUCGCCCCAACUGCGGAAGGACAUUAAGAAACAACAAAUGAUAUGUACCAUUUUUUUCCUGGUGUUAAAUAAAUUGUAAAAAGUGUGACGUGUCUCCUUGUUGUAAAAUUGUCCCAUCGGAAUGGAAAAAACCUAAACAAAAAAGUGCACCUUCAUUGCUUUGAUGGCUACCUCAUAACAAGAAGUCACCGUCAUGUUUUUAUUUCUUAAAAGAAAAGGGUCAUAUUUUACACAACAAGCCAAUUGGGGAGCAUGCAAACACGUCAAGGUGCUAUAGAACCAACUCAAUGAGGUCCCCUUGUUGUGAUGGUGAGACGUUCGCUGUCAUACUGUAAUUCUGACCACUCGUAACCCUUUGGUGCUACUUAAUUGACUCGACUUGUUGUCUUUGCCGUGCAAUUGUUUUUUUGUAAACGCAUGUCAUUGUAGAUAAAAACAAAAGUGACCAUUUCAAUUAACAUCUCCUGCCCGUUGUUGUUCUUUUUCUGUCUCAUCUUCACUAAAGAAAAACUAGCACACAUCUCCCGCCCUGUUGUUUAUGUUAUUUGUUGUCUCAAGACCAAGAAAAAACCAACAACCCGGAAGCAGACCCACUUUCAUGGUUUAAAAGGAGAGAUUGUGUACUUGUGUUGUACAUGUAAAAUAAAUCAAGAUGUUUUUAAUUAUUUUUGCUGGGUGCUGAAAUAAAGCAUGUGAAGUGGUUCUACUCA